CUCACUUCAGCAUUGCACAGGAUGUUAUGAAAUCAGCACUGUUGCUGAAACUUGGUGAAGGUCGCUGGGAGUCCUCUCUCUCACCCACACACACACACUUCACCUGGCACUUACGCACUCGUUCUCGUGCGGAGAGCUGAAGCUCAGCUCAGUCCCUGUCCCCUCCUGCUCGUGCGAGGAGCCUGCCGGCGAUCGGACUGUCGCCUGAAGCGAAGAGGCCGGGCCGGCGUCGAUUUUUACAGCCCAGUCGCUCUCUCUCUCUCUGAGGCUCCGACUAGUCAGCUGAAGGAGGACAAGAGGGAGAGAAGAAGAGAAAGAAGAGGAGGAAUAGUGAUGGCCGUGACCGACAUUGCAGAGGAUGACCUGGAUGAGAUGAUGCGCGAAGAAGCGGAGGACGUCUUCUACGAGGACGGAGUGUCGUCACGAGUCCCGGAGAUCAUGGCGACCGGAACCCACUCCCCCGGCGGGCCAAAUGGCAUAAUCCGGAGCCAGUCGUUUGCGGGUUUCAGCACACUACAGGAACGGCGCUCACGAUGUAACUCAUUCAUGGGGAACUCUGCAGUGCAGAAGAAGCCUCAGUCCAAGCCUAAGAAGCCCCACCUGUCAGGCCACAAGGGAGGCAGCAGCUCCAGAGAGCCGCAGCCCAAGAGACUGGAGGAGGUUUACACGGCACUCAAACAAGGCCUGGAUGAAUAUCUGGAGGUUCAUCAGACGGAGCUGGACAAACUCACAGCUCUGAUGAAGGACAUGAAGAGAAACUCCCGCCUGGGAGUGCUGUAUGAUCUUGACAAGCAAAUCAAAACUAUCGAGAGGUACAUGAGACGACUGGAGUUUCAUAUUAGCAAGGUGGAUGAGCUAUACGAGGCCUUCUGCAUCCAGAGCCGUCUCAGAGAGGGUGCCAUCCGGAUGAAGCAGGCCUUUUCGUCCUCGCCCUCCACCAAAGGCACCAAAGAGAGUAUCGCGGAGGUCAAUCGUCGGUACAAGGAAUACACAGAGAACAUGAGUGCGUUUGAGAGCGAACUGGAGAACCUGCUCGGGGAGUUUCAUAUCAAAAUGAAAGGUUUGGCAGGAUUUGCUCGACUCUGUCCUGGAGACCAAUAUGAGAUCUUCAUGCGUUACGGUCGCCAGCGAUGGAAGCUGAAGGGGAGGAUUGAAGUGAACUCCAGGCAAAGCUGGGACGGAGACGAGAUGGUCUUCAUGCCCCUCAUUACUGACCUUAUUAACAUCAAGGUGACGGAGCUGAAGGGUUUGGCCACUCACAUGCUGGUGGGCAGCGUCAUCUGUGAGACCAAGGAGCUAUUCACUGCCGUGCCUCAGGUGGUGGCUGUGGACGUCAACGACCUCGGGACCAUCAAACUCAACCUGGAAGUCACGUGGUACCCCUUCGACGUGGAGGACCUGACCCUGUCGUCUGGCAACGUGAGCAAAGCUGCAGCUCUCCAGAGACGAGUGUCCGUCUACAGCCAGGGCACACCGGAGACCCCCACCUUCCAGGACACCUCCUUUUUUAAGUGGCAGCCCUACCCCGUGGAGCGCCAGCGCUUCUCCUUCCUGCACAUGCUCCGAGACACCCUGCUCGAGAAGCUAAGGCGCAGUCGUUCGUUUGGUGACCUGGCCUCACUGCGGCCAAGGCCCAAAUCCAGUCUGGAGGUUUAUUCCACACUGCCGGACGAUGUCUUCGAGAACGGCGGCUGCGGUGUGGCUGAGUGCAAGCGUCUGUCCUUCACCUUCUCUGAUACGUCUGGCUCUACGCCCAGCCCCAGCCCCGCCCUGAGCUGCUACUCCCCGGGCCAGUCCAACCCCGAGAUUACCGUCACUCCUCCAGAAACAGAACCAUUACCUACGCAAAUCCUCCCAACUAGGGAGGACUCCAUCGCAGAGGAGCAUUUAGUGGAGGAAGAGGAGGAGGAGGAGUACGAGGAGGAUGGGGAGACGGGCAGUAGAGGAAGCAGGGGCAGCAGGACCAGUGCCAGCAUUGCCAGCGACGAAGCCGAAGCGGCCGAAGACUCGGAGUGGGAGCGCACAGAGUCUCAGCGUAAUUCUAGCUCCAACUGUGGUUCAGCUGCCCCGUCCUUGUGUUCAGACGGACACCUGUCCGCAGUGGCUCCCGAGGAUGUCUUCCUGGAUCACGCCGACGAGCUGAAACCUGUGGAACUGGACACAGAGGAGGCGGGCAGCCUGACGAAGCAGCUCGUGAAGAGGCUGACUUCCUCGGAAAUGAUGCCGCCCGGUGGGAGUGCUGCUGAGGGUGAGGGAAGUCUGAGCUGGGCGGGAGAGGGAAGCAGGGCUUUCCUGGAGAGCAGCCUGGAGGAGGCCAUCCACAGCCUGCUGACCAGAUUAGAGUCGCUGACUCAUCGCUGCAGAGAGCUGCAGGACCUGGAGCAGGAAGUGAUGCGUCUGGAAGACCUACUGAAGUGCCGUCUCCCGGGUCACAGGAGUCGAUCCUCUAGCCUCAGUCUGACUGUGGAGAGUGCCCUGGAGAGCUUUGACUUCCUCAACACCUCUGACUUUGAUGACGAUGAUACCGGAGACGAUAACGCCGUCAUCAGCAUUCCCCGACAGAGGUCUCCGAUCUUUGAUGCAGAUGGAGAGAGGAUCGGGGCUCAGCAUCCAGAAGCCAGAGGACACCUGAGCGAAGCCCUGACAGAGGACACCGGGGUGGGCAACAGCGUGGCAGGAAGCCCCCUCCCACUUACCACUGGAAAUGAGAAUCUGGACGUGGCUAUUGUCAUCCACCUUCAGUACUGUAAUCACCUCAUACAGAUGUUGACCAGUGGGGUCAGCGUCUGGCAGCGUCGCAGUGUCCUCCUCAAAUUGUCUGGACAGACCCAGCUGCUAGAGGAGUUAGCAGAGAUCAGCGUGGACAAACUGGGAGCAAUAACAUCUGCUGCUGAUGUCCUCCCGGGCCUCGUGGAGCGCCCCCAGCUGAUGACUCUGUGGUCAGAGUGCAGCGGCUCUGAGGGACUUUUCCACACCACGCUGGACAGAGUGUUCAAACACAUGAAUCAGCGCUACACGGCGGUGCUGCAGGAGAACCGCCCACACGGCGCCGAUACAGUGAUUAGCAUGGUAGUGGGUGAGAUGGUGGACAGGAGCGACCUGAUGGCGGCACAGAGUCCUCCGGCUGCUGCGCUCUCUCAGGACGUCCUGACUGUGUUUCAGUUCUACAGCUACAUCUUACAACAUGAAGUCCAGGACAUGGAGACGCACCUGCUGCACCUGGCCAGAGAGGAGGUGUUUGCAGAGGUCCUGUGCAGCGGAGACUAUUCUCGCUGUCUCGCAGAACUGGAGGAGGUACCUUUGUCAUCUCUCUGGCCUGGAAGCAGAACCCUAAGGGCCCUGGCAUCCCUCCUCACUGCAGAAGACCCUCAGGUCAACAAGGCAGCCGCCGACUACCUCUCUUCUGGAGCGUCAAACAAGCACUUCAGGACCAGGGCAGUGGAGUGCUACACCCAGGCACUGUCGGAGGCUGGAGUACAGAGUCAGAGGGCAGCCUGCUCAGCUCUCAGCUGUCUGGAGGCAGUCGAGAGCAUCAGAGCGGUGGUAGCGCUGUGCGAUUCAGCCGAUGAAGAGCUGCGUCACGUGGCCAUAGAAACCCUGCUCACGUUCGGUGAGGAGGGGCGCCUGGCGUACGAGCAGCUGGACACUGUGCCGGGGGAGAUGAUCCGUCUAGGCACACGGCGAGGAAACGCCGUCACCACUGCCUUCUGAGCCAUCACUGAAAAGAGAAACGGACUGCACCCGGACCUCCGAGGACAACACUUGCCUCCUUAGCUCAACCCACACAGCACACCUCACAGGGCUGUUAACGACUGAUCUGUUCAUCGAUCUGCUUUCUAGCAACAACAAACGUUUUCACUUAAACUGCAGUUGAUCACUGUUACUCACUGCCUCCUGAAAGGAAGUAACACCAAACAAGUUGUCUUAACCACAAGGACACAUAACCUAGACCCCUCCUGACGCACGCUUACACUCCUCGUUCCUCCAUCACCUCCGAUUUCCGACUCCUACUCCUCUCCACCCUGCUGUCUGAGCCAGGCACACACCGGUCACGUUAAGUUGAAUUGGAAAGCACAAAUUUGGACUGGACACAAAGCGGCUGAGAGCUGCUCCAAAGACUGUGGAAAUCAAGCACCGGGUCUUCACCCUCUUGUCAAAAAGGCUUCUCAACACCCGUCUCACGCACUCACUGAAUAAUCUCGAUUUUUACAGAUUUAUUGUACCACGCAAUAUACUAUGAUCUUUGUAUAAUCACUGUUAACACGCGUUCACCUAGAUUAGAAGUGCUUUCUGACGCUUUCGGAAGACCUGCACUGUUGUAAGGCGUGUAAAUAUGGCUUAGUUUACACGUGAUACACGUGGUUGUGUUCAAGACGUAAUUUUCAGGGAUUCUCGUGUGAUUGAAAGACCUGUGUGUUUUUUGGCAGGGAGGAACAUUAAUAAGAUGAGGUCACAGCGGUCCAGGGGAGACGGGGGUUUAGCACAGUGCCCAGCGUUCACUCACGCAGCAGUUUGCGUCUGAGAUUUCUCCUACUUGCAGUUUAACAAGUGCAAUUUUUUCUGUACAUAUGUGAUUUUUUUUUUCCUUUUUUUUUUGCACCUGGCUGACACGUGAAGCCCAUUUGAUAUCGUCAGCUUUUGACCUUUUGAGCCUCGUUGUGGCUGAGCUGGCACAUUACACAAAUACUCUUUUUGUAAAUGUAUGUUUUGUUUGUUUUUCCUACAAGGUCAGGAGCCAGUCGAGGGCAAUAAACUAGGCAGAGGACCUCAUGAGAAUGCACUUUCUCGGCAGUUGUGCAGAGAGGAUCAGUUGAAGCAGCACGGGAGCUGAUAGCAGGAUAAGACAUUAAGCUUUUGGCCUUUUCUGCCACAAUUUGGGUCUGCUCCAUGCGAACGGUUUAAUGGGAACACUGACCCAGGGGAGGCGUCUAUCUCCAGCUUUUCUCAUUGUAACUGUACUACUGAGUCUGGUGCUGCUGCACAGUGACAAAACUCACAAGCUCACACGUCAUAUAUUUAUUAUUUACGCCUUGUUAUUCUAAUAUUCUGUCAUGUUAUUUUGUAUUAGAGCAGACCACAUUGUUAUGUAAAUGAUUGUAUAUUUAUGCUUUACUUUCAGGUCUGGUAUUUGAAUUAUUGUCUUUUGUUUAAGAAGGCCUCUGUGUUUUUACCAUACGACUCGUGCUUGAUUAUAAUUGGGAGUUUAUUUUCAACUUAAUUAUAUUAGAUUGUUAUUUUGGAGAAUAUUAAGAUGUGCUAAUAGUAAUUAUAGAUUUUGUUUUCCGUAAAAGGUCCCCAAACUAGCGGGGCAUUUAUAUGAUAGAGAUGUUACUUUAUUAAGUAGAUUUACUAUAACCAAAGGAAAAAUCUUGGGAUUUUGAAAUGGUCUUUUAAUAAGAGCUCAUCCAGGAGAAUGUAUUUUCAAUACAGCGUGUACAUUUGGACCAGAACCCUCAGACUUAUCUUUGGAAGCACAAAAAGAAAAAAGGCAAACCCGUAAUAUGAGGAUCUCGUUACAUCUGGUUGUAACUGCACAAUCCAAAAGCCAUAUUAAAAAGCAAGUGGUUAGUAUUUUUAUGAAAGGUAUUCUUUUUGUAAUAUAAUCUGUAAAUGCGUGAAGUUGAUACUAAAAGUUUUUUCUUUUUUACUUUCAUGCAGCCUUUUGCAAAACGUGGUCCAAAUUUAAAUUCCUUUUCGAGAUGUGAACAGCAUUACAGUAUCUUGGUCCAGUAACUCACUCGGUGUCUAAUUUUCUCUCUUCACAAACUCGCUGUUGACCUGUUUAACAAGUUAAUUGGUGGACUGUUCAGUUCCUUAGCACCGUAUAUAAUACAAGGUGGCAAAAUGUGCACAUUUAGAGGUUUUAAUAAUAACUGCUGAAACUGAACUUCACCCAUCUUCGUGGUCAAUAGCUUCAGUACUGAUUCAUGUGGUUGCACACUGCUCUUCUCCGUCGUGGUUCCUCUGCUCAUCAAGAAGUUGCAAUAAAGUUUAUUUUUGCAUAAUUAAAAA